AUUGUUACUGAUAACUACUGAUCAAAAUACCUUAUCAAUUUGAACUUUUAAUACAUUAGAAUAAUAAUUGUCGUCCAUUAUUAUUACUGCUACUAUUGUUUUAUUUUGUGAAUUAAGAAUCGAUCGUAAUCCGUUCAAGUUAUAACAAAUAUUUCAUAUUACACUAGUCUGUUUGAACAUCAUGUCGUUGUAUCCGUCUUUGGAAGAACUAAAACUGAACGAAUUGGCCAAAGCCCAGUUCAACGCCAUCCAAGAAAAUGAUAAUCCGCCGCCAUACCAUUUGGCUAUAUGUCCGCCACAUCCUUCGGCUAUGGAUCAACAGUCGUUGAAAUCUCUAUACCCGUUGCUGAACGAUUUUUCGGGAAUGGAAUUGGACAGCAUAGCUCAAAUGGGCACCGUAGCUAUACCGUUUCAAAGUCCUUCUAUUCAAGUGACAAACGGGGUUCGCAAGUUGGUAUUGUGCAAAGACGCUAAAGGCCAAGUGGGACUGAAAUUGUCAGCUAUAAAUAAUGGUAUAUUUGUAAGCGUCGUGGUCAAAGACAGCCCUGCUGCGUUAGGCGGAUUAAGAUUUGGUGACCAGGUAUUGCAAAUUAAUGAAACCUUUGUCGCCGGUAUGAGCGUUGACAAAGUCAACAAAAUAUUCAAAGAAUGUCCACUGAACGACAUUAACGUGAUUGUCCGAGACAGACCUUUGGAACGAUCUAUUAACUUGUACAAAGAUCGUGCUGGCAGAGUGGGAUUUCAAUUCAAAAAUGGCAAGAUCAACGCAAUUGUCAAAGAUUCAUCCGCUGCUCGAAACGGUGUACUUACAGAUCAUCAGCUGUUGGAAAUCAACGGACAAAAUGUUGUUGGCAUGAAAGACAAACAUAUACUAGAAAUUAUAUCAAACAUUCCUGAAAAGAUAACCAUAACAAUUAUUCCAGUUUCAAUUUACGAACACAUGAUCAAAAAAAUUGCGCCGUCCUUGAUCAAAAAUAUUAUGGACCAUUCUUCAAUUUAAAAAAAAAAAAAAACAGAAAAAACAAACGAGAACAAAUUUUGUUUAUUUAUAGUUUGUAUUUCCAUGUAAAAGUAAUAUCUAUACGAAAAAAAGUAUUACUAACUGUUCUCAAAAAACCCAUUCCUACUUAUUAGUAAUUUUUACAUAAUAUAUAUAUACAUUUUUUUUACUACGAAUAGUAUCUUUGAAAAGCCAAAUUUUUUUUUAAAUUUAAUAUUUUUUAUUUUAUCUUUUGUUGUUUGUAUUACGAUUACAGUACAACAAAUUAUUGCAAUAGCUGUGCAAUUUUAUUGUUAGUUAAGGUGUAUGCUAAAUUGAUUUAAGAUAUUAAAAAAAGAUUUUAUGUAUAAUAUUAUUUGUUUAUGCUUUUUAGUUUUUUUUCAUAUUCUAAUAUUUUAUGUAGCCUAAAC